AUGAAGACCUCCACCAUGCUGAGCCUGGCCGCUGUCCUGCUUUGCUUCAUCCUCAUGGGACAAGCCCAGAGCCCAAAUUGUAACUGCAAGAAUCUUGUAAAUGCAAAGUGUGCUCCAGAUGGUACUGGACAAAACUGUGAUUGUGGCAUUCAACUAGGUACAGAUGUAAAGCCAGUGGACUGUAACAAAUUGGUACCCAAAUGCUGGCUAAUGAAGAGAGAGAGCAUUGGAACCAAAGCUGGAAGAAGAGUGAGACCUGUAAAUGCUCUAGUUGACAAUGAUGGGCUGUAUAAUCCAGACUGUGAGGAUAAUGGUACCUUUAAAGCAAGGCAGUGCAACAACACAGACACUUGCUGGUGUGUGAACACGGCUGGAGUUAGAAGAACCGAUAAAGGAGACAAAAACUGGAAGUGUUCGGAACUAGUUAGAACUUACUGGGUGAUAAUUGAGAUGAAACGCAACAACACUGAAAAUGUGCCCACUGGAUCU